GGCACAGGAAAUAUAUACAACUGAAUGUAGCGGUCUGUUUGCACGACGGUGAUACUGUGAUUUUAUUGCUUUACAUUUAUCCCAAUGGAUUAUUUUACAGAAGAGUGUGUUAUACGACUAUAAAGAUAUACAAUAUAUUGCGAAGGACGUAUAUUGCGGUAUUUUGAAACACUUGGUCCUGAAGUGAAGACUGAAGGAGUCAUGUAAAUGAACCAUAUACGUCACGAUGACACGCCAAGCGAAAUACAAGUAAAAUGAACAACAAAAAACUCGACAAUAUCUUAAAUACCUCAUUACUCGUUUGCUCUUAUCAUAAAAAACAAUGAAUCCGUUUAAAAAAAAAAAAUUAUGUUGAGGAUUUUUGUUGUUAAUUAUAAGAGUUAGUUAACUUAAAAGUACCUACUUCUUUGUUUUUGUAGCUUUCUUUUCACUGCUAAAACAUAUAUGGAGGACAAACAAGAUGGGAAAAACUGUAUUAUUCUUUAUCUUCGCAUGUUAGCAGACUGUAUUUCAUAAAACACGAUUUCUGUGCCGCAUUGUGGGCAGGCAUGAAAUUUGAUCUGUAAAACUUGCGCACUAUAAUUUACUAAAUAUGAAAUGUUUACGCCCCUGAGUUAUGCAAGUAUAAAACAACAGCCUAAAAUGUGUCGCACGCGAAGGAACACCGACCGAGUAACACGUUUGUGAUAAAAAGUGCUUUUUAAAAACGGUGACGUAACACGGGAGGGAAAAGAAGAAAUGAAAUCCUUCUACAUUUUACCACUUCUAGCAUUCUUGCUCAGUUGCCAUGUACACUUCUGUGGGUCACGCUCAGGUUUGGCAUAUGCUUCAAAUCCAGUUUCCCCACCAGUGAACAGUAAUUCCCUUCGGGCCGUAUGUAGAAUGCGCCCUAACACUCAGUUAUCACCUGGAAUGCCCCGUGUGUACGGUCAUGUUGUUUUCAAACAGUCUGGCCCAAAGGAAAAGCUGAGCGUGACUUUCAGACUGUAUGGUCUCCCUGUCUACAGCCAGCAGCCCAGAGCAAUGCACAUUCAUGAGUACGGAGACUUGAGCAAAGGCUGUGGAUCUACUGGUGGACAUUACAAUCCCCUCGGUGUGAACCAUCCACAGCAUCCAGGGGACUUUGGUAACUUUGUUCCUGUUAAUGGGAAGAUUCGUCAAUCACUGGACUCCAGUGCCACACUCUUUGGGAGACUCUCAAUACUUGGCCGGUCUGUUGUGAUUCAUGAGGGAGAGGAUGAUUUAGGCAGAGGUGGGAACGUGGAAAGCUCGCUGAAUGGCAACGCUGGAGGGCGAUUGGCAUGCUGUGUUAUUGGACUGGCAAACCCCCAAAAUUAGCAUAUACAAAUAACAUAUACUUCUUUUUUUUUGGAGCAUUUAUCAGAUGAAUAACCGAUACUCUUUGAAAAUGGAAUUGUAGAGUAACAUGCUCAAAAUGCCUGGUUCUUAUUGUAUCUACAAAUGCUAAGUAACCAUUAAAGUGAAUAAACUGGCUUUUCAAA